AUGUCUUCCGCCGUGGUACACGAUGACCUCGAUAUGGAGCCAACGCUCCAAUCGGUGCUGAACCAAAACACCCUCCGUUGGAUCUUCGUCGGAGGUAAGGGAGGUGUGGGUAAGACCACCACCUCGUGCUCGUUGGCCAUCCAACUCGCCAAAGUCCGCAAAUCCGUCCUGCUUAUUUCCACCGACCCCGCACACAACCUGAGCGAUGCCUUUGGCCAGAAGUUCGGAAAGGAGGCCCGCCUCAUCGACGGCUACUCAAACCUGAGCGCCAUGGAGAUCGACCCCAACGGCAGCAUCCAGGAUCUGCUAGCUACCGGGGACGGUCAAGGCGAGGACCCCAUGGCGGGACUGGGCAUGGGUAACAUGAUGCAGGACCUGGCUUUCAGCAUUCCCGGUGUGGACGAAGCCAUGUCGUUCGCCGAAGUCCUCAAGCAGGUCAAGUCGCUCUCUUACGAGGUCAUUGUAUUCGAUACCGCCCCGACCGGUCACACCCUCCGCUUCCUCCAGUUCCCCACCGUGCUUGAGAAGGCCCUCGCGAAGCUCUCCCAGCUGUCCACCCAGUUUGGUCCCAUGCUCAAUUCCAUCCUGGGUGCCCGGGGCGGUCUGCCCGGGGGUCAGAACAUGGACGAGUUGCUGCAGAAGAUGGAGUCGCUGCGGGAGACGAUCAGCGAGGUCAACACGCAAUUCAAGAACCCGGACAUGACCACGUUUGUCUGUGUCUGCAUUGCGGAGUUCCUGUCGCUCUACGAGACGGAACGUAUGAUCCAAGAGCUGACCAGCUACAACAUUGACACCCACUCCAUCGUGGUCAACCAGCUGCUGUUCCCUAAGGAAGGUAGCAACUGCGAGCAGUGCACGGCCCGGAGAAAGAUGCAGAAGAAGUAUCUGGAGCAGAUUGAGGAACUCUACGAGGAUUUCAAUGUGGUCCGCAUGCCCAUGCUGGUGGAGGAGGUGCGUGGGAAGGAGAAGCUGGAAAAGUUCAGUGAGAUGUUGGUGACCCCAUACAUGCCUCCUCAGUAG